AUCUCCUUACAUCGGCCUCAUAGUGUAGGCAGUGGGUGUUGCAAGAGGAAGCGAGAAGGAGAGCUUCACGGAGAAAGAGAAAGAGAGAGAGAGAGAGAGAGAGAGAGAGAGAGAGAGCGAGUGGGACAAACAGUGCGAGUCAGAGUCAGUGUUACAGAAAAGGCAGACAUUGAAUACUAGACCAGUGCACGGAGAUCGAGUGGGCCAGAGCCUUCUCUGCCUGCUUGCGUCUCCGCUUGGUGCCUUUCCACGGGUCUCCCGAGGCCGUGGCAACCAUGGCGUCAGAGGCAAACCCCCAGUCCAGAGUGAUGUUCGAGACCACGGGGAAAGUCGACGAGCCAGGGCCCCGCAAGCUUGGCAAACUGACCGUCAAGUACAACCGCAAGGACCUGCAGAGGAGACUGGACAUUGAGGAGUGGAUAGACGAACAACUGCACCUGCUCUUUGACUGUGAGGAAGAAGAGAUCCCAGAGUUGGAGAUUGACAUCGAUGAGCUCUUGGAGCUGUCAGAUGAGGCUCAAAGAAUGCGAGUACAGGAGUUGUUGCAGGAAUGCAGGAAGCCAAUAGAGGAUUUUGUGAACGCGCUGCUCUACAGGAUAAAGGGACUACGUAAAAUGUCAGGACCCUUGAAGAAGUAGCUCCAGGUUAAAUGAAGAAUCGAGACAAUGGAUUCGAAUCGGCUCAAAUUCCCAAUAUGGUUACCGUUUGAAUGCCUGUAUGUGCGGUUCACAUCCUCAGGGUUUUUUCCCGCCUCCUUCCCAGGUCAGCCUCAGUUGGACAACACAGCAGUCAGUCGAAUCCAUUGAUUUCCUUUGAAUAUAUGGACUGUCUUAGUAUCGUGUCCCAUACAACGCCCACAUAAUAAUGGCUGUAAUAUUGUCCAAGAUCUUUUACAUCAUAUUUAAGCCUGUCAUUUUUCCUUUGCUUGUUAAUGUACAUAUUCCUUCAUAUACACGUGCUGUACGACAAUAAAAUGAGACAUUUUCAAUGCAAA